AUGUCGAACAUGACGACCAAUUGUCAGAAAAGGGCCGUAAUGAAGACCUCAUGGACAGACCAUAAUCCGGGAAGAAGAUAUGCCGCAUGUGAAAAAUCUCGGGGCAAUGGAGGAUGCAAUUAUUUCUCUUGGAUUGACCCUCCAAUGUGCCCGAGAUCUCGACAAAUAAUUCCAGGGCUUCUGAAACGUGUUAAUAGGCUUGAAAAUGAGUUGGCUACAAGGAAGUCUAGGGAGAAGUGGCUUUGGGGAAUGAUGGUUCUUUCUUGGUUGAUCAUGUUCUUUGUGAAAUAG